AUGUCUGAAAAUCUAUUGCAGGGCAUCUUCCAAGCAUCCGAAAGAGUCUCGCAGUUCGUUCAAACCCAUUUGUCCCAGUUUAUUGGCCUCUCCCAUCACCCAUCACCCACUAAUGAUCGCCCUGGCUUUUCUCUCUCUUCAUCUCUCAAAGCAAACCUGUCAGACUCAAGCGCCGACUCUGCUAUUCUCCAACCAAAAGGCAUUCUCAAACAGGGGCAAUCUGCGACACCGGUGACUAAGGAAGAGCUUGGAAGAUCCACUUGGACUUUUCUUCACACUCUUGCUGCUCAGGUCAUCUAA